AUGUCUUAUGAAGAGGUCUACAAAUUGUACCAUACAUCCCCAGAGUUCCAAGGGUUCAUAGCGCUGGAAUCGCAACCCGUUUACGCCACGGUGACUUUGUUUGUUGCUUUGGCCUUCAUGCUUUUGGCACUAAUGUCGACCUCAAAAGUAAGGGGAUCAGCCUUGGCUGUUCAAUUUGUAUCGUACACUGGAUUAAGCUUUUUAGGAAGCAUUUUCUUCGGGCUGGCCACGGUAUUUUUAACCAAUUCUUUCGGCGUCUACGCCUGA